AUGGCCGCUUCCAGAGUGAAGACCACCAGUGAUGACGCGUCUAUCCAGAGACUUCUGCACGGUCAACCUGGAAGACAAGCGGCUGUGACUGUCCCGACGGGCAAAUUGCCUCAGGGUGACUCGCCGCCUUCGCCCACAGAGAUGCCACAGCUGCCGGAGGAGCAGGCUGCAAGGACAACGGGCUGUUUGCCUGGCAUGAAGACUGUGGUGCGAGUGGCAGUGCAUGAGCGACUCCCUGCCUUCUUGAAGUUGUCCGUCAAGAGUCUGUGUGACUUGGGGCCCUUCGAGAUCGAUGCCGCGAAUCGUGGUCGGUGCAACUUCAAAGAGAUUUGGUCUCCUGAGAACUGCAAAAUCAGUGUGAGCCAGCAAAAUAUGUACGAAGCAGGAGGCACCAUCUUUUGGGCGGAUGUGGCAGGGUCAAUGGACCGGGGGGAAGAGCUGGCCUUGGAGGAAGUGUCAUGGAAAGAAAUCUUUGACGUGGAGGAGAAGAUGAUGCCCUCCAUCGACAAGCCGCUCUACUUCAAGAACCCCUUCCCUGUCUAUGAUGUGAGUGCGAAUCUGGCUCACAAAGACACCUGGCCCGCUGGCUUGCGCCUCAUGCGGGGCCACCUGCCCCUCCUGGCGUGGUACAUGGCCAUGGCAAGGGCCCUUGUCCAGAACGAUGAGAAGAGAGUGAACCAGCUCUUCAACAUGGGGAUGACUUUGACACUCAGAGCCUACACUCUGAAAGGGCAAGAACUGCUGCUCAAGUCGCUCAUUGAGAGUGAAAGUGUCAAAAUCCCCGAGCUGGCGGAUUCAUUUCAAGACUUCUCGUACAAGGUCAUGAGAAUCCAGACCAAGUACCUCUCUGAGGGUGACGAGAUCAAACAGAGCCAGCUCCUGAACUUGCUCCAGGAUGAUGGCGUGAGGUUCAAUGGUGCCAGUGUGAACAAGACAAUGCUGCAGGGCGCCCUUGCAGUGGCGACGACCCUCGACCCCGUCGACGGCGUGAAGAUCUUGACCAGGAUCCAUCGUGAGCAUGGCCGAGAUAUCCUGUCCAAUGGCUACACCAAGCUUGCAAGGGUGACCCAGAUCGCGUCCAAGCAGGCCACCUUGUACUCUCAGCGCAGUGUGACAGAUGACAGCGUGCAAGACUUGGGCCGCUCCCUGCUUCAGUACACGCUGGAGUCGCUUUACAUUGCUCUCAAGCGUGAGCAGUGUGAGCCAUC